AUGCGCUCAGUGCGUUUAAUUGUGGCCCAAUACGCAAGAACCCACAACAUACCUUCAACGGACGGACUACGGCAGAUGGAACAUCGAAUAGAUCUCCUGCUCCGGAAGCUGGAUCAUAUCCGGGUCGAGGAGGAAAACGAUGGAGCCAUCGAGCAGGACCUGCUACGUCAGCUUGUGCAGGCAAUAAGGGGCUACGAAAAACGAGGCUCAUGGGACGUUCUGCUCGGCUAG